UUCCCAAACCAGGCCGAGUUGAGUCCAUCGGACGUGGCCACCAUCUUCCUCUCCAGCGGAACGACGGGAGAGCCGAAAGCGAUCGACCACACGCACGCUUCCCUUCUGGCUGCCCUCCAGAGCAGCGCGGAACAGAAUGCGGUCGGGGUUAUGCCAAAUCAUCUGGCGCAUAUUAGCGGCUACUUGGCUCAUCUCCUCUGUCUCCUUCACGGCGGUCAUUGCAUCAUGACUCCACCCGGAAACGUCCCGGCCCUGCUCGCCUCGGUCGACAAGCACCAGGCGGCCUGCAUCUGGUGCACGCCGAGGGAAAUGGUAUCCCUCGCCCGGGACGGCGACCUGACGGGAAGGUACCGGCUCGGUUCCCUCCGUCUCGUCAUCUUUGGGGGAUCCCAUCUCGGGGAAGGCCUCGUCGACGAAAUCCGCAAGAAGUUCCCUCACGUCCAGCUUCUCGUCCAGGCGUACGGGAGCACGGAAUGCUCGAUCGUAGCGAAUUCGCCACUCACGAGGGAAAGAAAGAGAGGAUCCGUCGGACAACUUAAUUCUUCGGUUGAGGCCAAGGUUAAUAUUUGGAAGCUCGAGAUGAUGCCAAAGGAUUUCGUCGCUAAGUGUUCUGAUUUCCUGGUGGUGAAGCCCGGCACGUGGGAAUCUGUGGGUCCGGGAGAACGAGGGGAAUUGUGCUUCCGCACGCCUUCCCUCAUGAAGGGAUACCGGGGCAAGCCCGAGCUGUCAGAGGCGAGUGUGCGAGAGGGAUUCUUUCGAACGGGGGAUUACGGCUGGGUGGACGAGGACGGCUGGGUCUUCAUGCUGGAUCGGAUCAAGGACCUCAUCCCAGUACUCGGAUCCGACAAAGCGACUGUCACCUAUGUCUCUCCGUCGGAGAUCGAGGAUUGCCUGUACGAACAUCCGAGCGUGAAGAAAGUGGGGGUGGUGGGGCUGCCCCACCCCGAACAGGAUCACCGUCAGAUUCCCAAGGCCUUCGUCGUCCCGGUCGUCCCCGGCUCUCUGACGGAAGAAAGCCUCGAGCACUUCAUCUCUUGCCGACUGAGCGAGGAGUGUCGACUGGGAGGAGUCGCGUUCCUGGACGACAUCCCCAUGUCCAUGGCCGGCAAAAUCCAGCGCAAAGCGCUAGAAGCCAUC